AUGUUCCGGAAGAGACUUCAACAAGUCCACCCAGCUCUAAGGCGGCUAUACGUUAGGGACCAGGUCAGUACUUUGGAGGAUGGUUCCAAGUGCCAGACGGUUGCUAAGCCCGUUCAAACCUGUGGUGCACCUUCUACCUCCUCCAACAUCCGUCACCUCUGGCAGAAGAGACUCCUCAAUUUUCCUGGUUCGCACUACACACAGGUUGCGAAGCAUUUCAAUCUUGAAUCCAUCUAUCCUUCCACGCCAACUCUGAACCGUCCUGAAGACCUUUUUCCUGCUCAAUAG